CCCAGAACAGUAUUAAGUGUUUCUCCUCAGAUGUGGUUGACUGAAGGAGAUCCAGUGACUCUGAUCUGUGAGGUUAACGGCUCCUCUACAGGCUGGACAUUCAGCUGGUUCACUGGAACUUUCUCAUCAGACUACAGAUAUCAUUAUGGGCCUCUCUUAGACAGCAGCAGAGGAGCUGGAGGAAAAUACACUGUCAGUUCUGCUGCUCUAAAACACACAGGAGUUUAUAUGUGCAGAGCAAAGAAAGGAGAACCAGCCUAUUAAACAUGGUACAGCAACACACAGUUAAUAUGGGUCACUGGUGUUUCUCCUCCAGUCUCUCUGAUGGUCAGUCCCAGCAGAACUCAACACUUCACAUCUGUCUCUCUCUCUCUGAGCUGUGAGGAUCAGAGUAACUCUACUGGAUGGACAGUGAGAAGAUACACAGACAGCAGGCAGCUGAAAGAUUGUUCAUCAUCAUUGUGGGGAUCACAAACAGGAUCUUCAUGUACAAUCAGAGACACCAGAACAUCAGACACUGGAGUGUACUGGUGCGAGUCUGAAUCUGGAGAGAAAAGUCAUCCUGUUAAUAUCACUGUACACUCUGGUGUGAUUCUGGAGAGUCCUGUUCAUCCUGUGACUCAAGGAGAAACUCUGACUCUUCGCUGUUUAGAUCAAAAUACAACCUCACCAAACCUCAGAGCUGGUUUCUAUAAAGAUGGGUCACUCAUCCAGAAUCAAACUACAGAGAUAAUCAUCUCUACUGUCUCAAAGUCAGACGAGGGUUUCUACUCCUGCAAACACCCAGAGAGAGGAGAGUCACCCGAGAGCUGGAUCUCAGUCACAGUGUCUCAUUCAGGAUCUCAGAUCUCUGUCCUCCACACACUCACUUCUGUACUGGCAGUUUGUCCAUAUCUGCUCGUGACAGUCGUGCUGAUUUUCAAAUGCUGCAGGAUGAGAGAUGGAUCUGUUGAAGAACAAGAAACUGCAAUCUGAUCUUAAUCUGUCGUGAUGGUGAGAAAACUCCAGCUUCAUCCUGGAAUCUCUCAGUGUCUCAGUUCAGACUGAACAUGACUUACUGUAAAUGUCAAUGUUUUGGGAGUGACUCUUUUGGCAUCUCACAGUUGUUAAAGUCAACAUGAACCAGCAUCACAACUCUUUUGACUUC